AGCGAGGAGGAGGAGGAAGGGAGUUGGUACAGACAGAGAGUGUUAUGAGGAGAGCAGGAGGAGGAGGAGGAGGAGGAGGAGGAGGAGGAGGAGGAGGAGGAGGAGGAGGAGGAGGAGGAGGAGGAGGAGGAGGAGGAGGAGGAGGAGGAGGAGGAGGAGGAGGAGGAGGAGGAGGAGGAGGAGGAGGGAAUCGAGGAAAAGCAUUUGUAGUGGGGCGGCAGGGCAUUCACGAGAGUGCCUUGCCAGUUGCCGGCGGCGGGAUGAACCACCUGCUCUGAAGGACAGGGGAAGUAAGGAGAGGGUU